UCAGUGUGAGCUGGGGCCAAUGACAUAGUGAAGGAGUCAGUGAAAACAUUGGCGUAACAAACUUUGUUAUCCCACAAGGUUUGAACCCGGAACCUAGCGCUGAAUCCGUGUCCGACAUGUCGUCCACCGCCUCGGGUUUUUCAGAGCAGCAGCAGCCGCGCAGAGGAGCGCAGAUGCCAGUGGGGGCUGACUACAUCCCCACGGAGGAGGAGAAGAAUGUGUUCAAGGAGUGCAACCAGGAGAGCUUCUGGUACAGGUCGGUGCCCUUCUCUGUGGUCGGCAUGGCUCUCACCCAAGCACUGGUUACCAAAGGGACCCUGUCUGCAUCUCCAAGGUUUGGAUCACUACCCAAAGUGGCCUUUGCUGGCUUUUGUGGCUACCUGGUUGGGAAGAUGUCGUACAUGAAGAAGUGCCAGGAGAAGUUCCAAAGGUUGGAGAACUCUCCUCUGGCAGAAGCUAUUAGACAGAGGACAGGGCAGCAUCCACAAAAUCCCAGGGGUCCCCAGACAGAGAUGAGUGACCCAGACAACCAGUCAUUUGACCCCAUGUUCAAGCCAGCAGAUGCCACCAGCCCAAUGGCCCGCAACAGCAGAGACUAUGAGUACGGCUUCAAUACCGAGGCACCCAAAGCAGACGACCACAGCGCCACAGCGUCAGUCCAGUCAUUUGUGGACGAGGGGGAGCCCAGCAGGAAAUCGAUCCUCUAUGAGGACCUAAGGGGCAAAAACAGAGAGAACUACGAGGUUGCACUAACCCAGAAGGCUGAAACGCAGCUCAAAACAACACCUGAGAGGGAGCGAGAAAGACCCAAGAAAGAGGCAAAGAAAAACGCCUAUGGAGACUCCUGGGACGAAUGAGUCCUUAUUUGAGCUGAUGUGAUUAUACGACACUUGAGUCAGACUAAGCCUCAGGAGACAUGAAAAUGUAUGAGUUUGUGAUCAGUAUGUAUUUGUGAGUGAAUCAAUUAAACCGAACCGCUUGAA